AUGAUUCACCCGGACCCGGAUUCAUCGGAUAUCCCUGAUGUGGCUCAAGCCAACACCCCACCAUCUCGGAUUAUCAGUCUCUCCUGCUUCCGGCAAUGGCUCCUCAAAAUCUCUCGGUUUUGGUCAGCAGCUCAUUUGAGCUAUCGCGGAGGGAAAUACUCAAUCGAGCGGCUUCUCGCUCUGGACGAAUACACACGAGAGCAUUCACUACUGCAUGCGCUAACUGUGUGCGUCGCAUCAUUUCUGCCAGCCGAGAUUUUUAUCAUUUCGCAGGAGGCUGUGCCUCUCCAAGACCCCGCACUCGGAUGGCGAGCGAACUACGGGUUCUGGGUCCGAGCAGCUAUCGUGAUAGGCGCUGUGCUCUACACUGUCACGGUCCAAGCCAAAUAUUUCCUCAAGGGCUUUGUCAUCUCUCGGUGGCAGCUUUUCGUGCUGUUGACGUGCGUUGUCAUCGUCCAAAUGAUAUUCGCGGUGACUUUUGCGGCCAACGUCUGGUUCCCGAUCCCGUUCACUGUGAUCACGUUGGUACCAGCUUUCUAUGUGGUUUCGGCCACGUUCAUUUGUCUAGUAGCUGGGGUGACGGUCGUCCGAUCUGUGCUGAAAGAUACUGCUCGCCUGCUUCGAUUUGGCAGCUUCAUCGCUGCUCAGCAACUGUUGGCCCUAAUUUACCCCGCUUACCAGGUUUUGUUUCAAGCUGCAAACAACACAAAGUACGAGCUUCCCGUGAUUCUUCUGCUUCCGAUCAUCAAGCUCGCCGUGAAGAAUAUAGCGUUGCGGUGCGUGACUCAUUUGGAAGACAUGAUGCCCGAGGCGAUCAUCUUCACGGUGGAUUUUUUCAACGCGUUGUACAUGGCUACGUGUAUGGAAAGCGCGACGACGACGUCGACGGUCAUUGUCAUCGUUUUCAUCGACACCGCUCAGUCCGCUACAGUUUUGUUCCGCCUGCACCAGGGGACGGCGACAAUUUUGAAUACGUUGAAUCAAACGACUACACCUUGUCAUAGUGCUGCCAGCUUACUCAGCGGAACUUCUCAACUCUGUCGAAGUGUGGAUGGCUUCGAAAAGCAGAAUCGGCAACGAAUACGAAUUCGCUCGUGCCUUUUUCACAAUAUUUCGACUGAGGCCCGCCAACUUCUCGACCGGCUGGAAAGAAUUUCUCUACAAGUGCAUCGCCGAUCGUCUGCCCCGACCAAACGAGUGGGGAUUAAGAGCACCGUCAUAUUCGAAAAGCGGCGCAAAAUCAGCAAAGGGGCGACCUGGGCUCAUCGAAAUGUUGUUUUACCAAGCCAGCUAAAUAACAAGUCGCCAAGAGAACCGACUGCACCAGAAUGUCCCGUUACAGCAAGAAGCAGCGCAAUUCUGAAUUCGCGAAUGCUUCAAGAAGCUCUUGAAGUCUUUUUCACAACCGAGUGCCUCCUGCUCAGCGCAUUUCUCGACGCAUUCGUUCCGCUGUUCUAUGGGAUUUUCAUGUUUGUCAUGGUCCACCUACAGAGCGCCCAGUACCAUUCCGAGCUCGUUGGAGUCACGGCUGAGACGAUUAGGGACGUGGUUGACUCCAUCUUUGUGUUCUCGAGUGUGGAGCUGGUUGCGUUUGGAUUGCUGUCAGCGCUCAUAUACCGGAACCUCGGGAUCAACGCGCUGUACCACCUGGCGUUUGUUCUUGAAACACAAACGGAGCUGAUCCAGAGCAAGUUGCUGGCUUGGGUGACGAUGACGCUGGCAUUCCGUGUGGUGCACUUUGGUACGUUAUUCAUGAUAAAGAGUGCGGAGAGAAAUGAGCCUGCUUUUUUUCAUUAA